AUGCAAGCUCAUCCGCUACCGGAAUUCCGAUUUCACUCUCCCGGUGUUGUGGUGCGAGAACAACCUGUAUCGAUACCGGGCGAGCUAAACGGUCCAUCUGCUGUGCGAAUCAAACCCACUGCAGCUGUUCUCCCAACAGCCACUUCUUCUAAAUCAUCUCCUGCUACUAGUGUGUGCAAUUUGCCCAUUCACUCAGGAAAACCACCCGGUACAGUGAACGUGGGCACACAAACGGAUGAUGUGGGGAUUGAUAUGGACCUAUUGCUUCACAUUGAAGACAUGCUGCGGACACAAAGAAGUCUCACCCUGCCAAAGAUUUUCAAUCGAUCCAAAUCUAAUCCAACAGGUAUUGGUGUUUCCACUUCCACCGACAGCGCUUCGUCUACUCACGUGGAUGGGGAUUCCCAGGCAAAGUCGAACGCACAAUUACAGGAACAAAUUAAAGAACUGAAAGAGGCACUUGGUGUUCAGAGUAAGGUCAACGCUGAUCUCAAACGUCUGCUUGUCUCCGCCCUGGCUGGGAAUUCCAAUCUGGCUGAUCAGCUGAUCGGACUGACGUCGGACAAUGUCAACCUUUCCGGUCAGAGUCGAUCGUUAGAAGCCCAGCAAGCGGCCCUGGCGGAGGCUGCGGACACGGCAGGCAUUGCAGCCGAUGUGUGGCGUGCAAAAUGUCUUGCUGGACGUGUGGUGGCUACCGAAGCCGCCCGACGAGUAGCCUUGGCCGAGCGGAAGGCCCAACUGGCUCGUCAUGCAUUGGCUCACUUACUCGGGGAGAGAGCGCGUCUUCGAUUGGAACUGGGGCAGACUUGUGCCGGCCUGAUGGCCGCUACCACAUCCGGCAGUCGUCGGAGAUCAGACGAUGUGGGCACUACUCCACCACUUGUCCAGGACACACUAGGAUUAGCCGCGUUGUGUACUAAUCUGGUGGGUCAGAAUAUCUGCGAAGUAGGUGACCGAGCGCCAAUCCUGUGUCAGUCAGACAGUCCGGGAGAAAAUUUGGCGCUUCGCGUAAGUGUGUGUGUAUGUGUGCUGGUAAAUGUCGGUUCUAGUUUACACCAGCCUCCGUGCUCAAAUACUGUCGUCCCUCAUGCAGUCCCUAGUCCAUCACCGAACUGUUCAUCGUUACUAUCACCAUUGCCGUCUGCAGGAACCCUCGUCUGA